AUGCAUGUUCCAAGUGCAGUCAAUGUUUCAGUUCAAGGGGACACACAUCAAAGAACCCACACAGAACCUUUUCAAUGCUCAGAGUGUAGAAAAGCCUUCAGUCAGGAGGCAAAUCUCCUUAAACAUCAAAGAACUCACAUAAGAGAGAAACCCUACUUCAGCUUCAGUGAGAGCGGAGGUCUUUCCAGACAUACAAGGUCUUCCCAUAUAGGGGAGAAACUGUACAAUUGUGAACAAUGUGGAAAGAGCUUCACCCGUAAAUCAGACCUCAAGAGGCAUCAAGAGCACUACACAAAGGAGACACCCAACCAGGGUUCAAAUCUCAGUGAGAGUUUAGAUAAUGAAUCGAGACCUCAUGAAGGUGAGAACGCACAGCGGAUGGAAACCAUGUAA